AUGUCCCGGGAUAUAAUCGGUCCGGCUCUACCUCCAGGAUUUCGUCCUGUUAACGAAGAGGAAGACAAAGAGGAGGUUGCAGGUCCAGUAUUGCCGCCUGGUUACAAGUACAACCACAGUUCAGACUCAUCCGAGGACAGUGAUGAAGAGACUUCAUCCAGCCACAGGCACCACAAGAGACGAUCUACUGGAAAGGACAGAAACGAUUCCACAAACAGAAAAAUUGGAAAGGCUUCAGAUGAUGAUGAUGAUGAUGAUGAAUUUUUUUGGUCCUGCUCUCCCUCCCGGCUUUAGGAAACAAUCUGAAUCCCCUGAUAGGCCUGUUAUAGGUCCUGCCCUACCUCCUGGCUUCAAAAGACAGGAUUCAGAUAUUGAAGAUGAGUCUCAUUCUAAAGCAUCUGCAGACACCAAGCAUAAGUCAGCAGAUAGUGAAGAGGAGGAUGAUGAUGAUGAUGACGAUGAAAUUGUUGGCCCUCUUCCUGCCAAAGGCCCUAUUCAGUCAAAUGUUGCUGAGGAUAUUGAACGUAGAGCUUGGAGGAUGAAGCAGAAACUUACAGCAAAAGAUAAGGAUGGCCCCAAAAAUCCAACCAGGGAGACAUGGAUGACCGAGCUGCCUCCAGAGCUAGCCAACUUUGGACUUGGCCCAAGAACAUUUAAACGGAGAGCUAAUGAAAAGUCUGGUGAUCGGUCUGAGUGGACAGACACCCCUGCUGACAGAGAACGGAAAGCACGAGAAAAACAGGAGGGUAAAGCUUCCAGUAAUAAAGGUGAAGAAACACCACAGAUAUCAGAAAGAGACAGAAGACUGGCAGAUCAAGUAUCCACGCAUAAUGAUACAAAAAGAUCAGAAUCACUCUUAGAUCUUCACCGGAAAAAGCUGAAGAGGAAAGCUGAAGAAGAUAAAGAUAAAACGAAGGAGAGAAGACCCUUUGACAGAGAACAAGAUCUGCAAGUGAAUCGCUUUGAUGAGGCUCAAAAGAAAGCUUUGUUACGGAAAUCUCAGGAGCUGAAUACGAAAUUCUCCCAUGGUGGCGGCAGUAUGUUUCUGUAG